GUACCCAGCGUCUCCGCCCCGGCAGCUGCAACACAAGCCCCGCGCUUGCAGGCGCUCUCCAGCCAACGUCCCACAGUACUUCUGCUGCUCAGCUUCACAACCACGCACCAAGCAGCACCAUACCGUACGGUAUGCAACACAAGCCCCGCGCUUGCAGGCGCAGUCAGGCGCUAUCCAGCCAAUGUCCCACAGCUUAAGCUGCUUAGGGCCUUUGGGGGCUACACUGAGCAUUGUGCGUACACUAUUGCUUAGCAUAGGAAUAGCGUCACUAGCCAAAGCAGCCUGUUUGCGUGUUUUCGCCCGACUUGGAUUCAGAGUGCACAGGAAUUGGUGACGGGCUCUGGCAAAUCCUAGUCGACAUUGUUCCCUGCUACCAAAUUGGUGAUUUUCACCAAAUUGGUGUUACCAAUUGAGCGUGGCAGUACGGUAGAGACGACCGGGGCGGCGACGCGCAGUCAGCACUGACCAAGGGUACGGUUACGGUGGUCAGCGGUACGCUGCGUGCCGUGGGGGAGUGCUGCGUGCCACCGCUGGCAUGGGCAACCGGGGGCAUCCAACUCAUGCAGAGCACUCGCACCAUGUCUUUACCAGCUCUAAGCCGCCAACCAGCACACAGUACACCCAAAGUCGGGCUAGUUCGAGCUUAAUGACCUGAAUGACUCUGACUCUGCCCUGGCCUGGCUGGCGAGGGGCCUCUCGCGAACCCUCGCGUCCUGCGGCAAUUCUCGAUGGCUGCCUACAACAGCAGGGUACCGUUACCCAAGGUCUGUCCUUGGAGCCCAGAUGGGUGGGUGGACCUGCUACAACUGCGGGUGUCAGGAGAUGGCCAUCAAGCGGCUUGGGGGGCUGAAGGAGGGGCAGCGGCCCUGGUCGGUCAAAGUCUGCAACGACUGCUUGACGACCUGGAACCGCGACGUCUCCGCCGCCAACGUGAUCCGUGUGCUCCUCCUGCUGAAGCUGAUGGGCUUCGAGCGGCCGACCAAGCUGCAGCGGCCGCCAUGGGCCGCCGGCGGCGGCGGGGCCGGGCUGAGAGCCUGAACGGCGCUAGCAGGGCGUGGGUGUCGAUUGGCGGCGAGUGACGUGACUAGUUUGUUAGCUGCGGGUUAGCACGGACUGUGCACCCCACCCAACCGGCCACGUCCGGAUUUGCGGGGAUGCCAAAGGCCCCCAACAUAGAGGCGUGUGCUUAGUAGGCGCCCGCGUCAAGGUGGCUGGGUUGAUAACGACCCGGGAGGGGAGGGCUCAGCCCUUUUCCU